AUGGCCACCCGACCUGGAAGGGGUGUGAUUUUGCAACGGUGCCGGCCAGAGGUCAUUGCACUGUUGAAGGUGGGGAACUUCUACCCAGAAUUCUACAGCGAGAUCUUGACCCCUGAGUACAUCCGCUCAAGAUGCAAGGACCUUCGGAAGUUGCAUGGGCUCUCACCAAAAGAUCCCAGAGCUUGCAAGUUCUCGAUGCUGAACAUCAUGUCAAAAUCGAUCGGUGAAGACGAGGCCACCAGUGACCCCAAUUUCGAGUUUGUGGCUGGCUACUUAGCUACAUUCCUGGGGACACCGCCGCCCCUUCCUCGAAAGACAGAGGUUGAGGCUUGGAGUCUCACAGAGGGGGUGCAGCACCGUGCCUUAGCAAGCUACGUGAUGAACAGGGUCCAGCGAAACAAGGGUGUCAGGUCAAGCAAAUGUGUCCGAAUGCAACAGCUGAAAGAGAUUGUGAGGCAACAACUGAAGGAGAUGGGGAAGCUCCAGGAUGAUGGUUGCCGCAAGAUCCCUGAUCGUGGUGUGAACGCCACGAAAUCGAAGGACGAGGCGGAUGAAGACACAUCAGUUCCAAUGCACGACUACCCGAUUGAAGCGGAAUCCGAUGAUGAUGAGGAGAAUGGCCCGAAGGACAUCGAGGAGGAGCUGGAGAGUGAUGGUCAUGAGACUGCAGCCGGAAACCAGGACAAGAAGCCGCUGACAGCUUCAUUGCCAGCCGCAGAUCCCCAGUUGGAGGGUCAGGCUGACUUACUUUGUUCUCAGCUUGAAAAGGAAGGAAUCAGUGAUGAUGUGGUAAAGGCCAGGCGGCUGACAGUGGGGAAGAACAACCUCAGGGUGAGGAAGAUGAGGUUGACCACUGCAGGGUUUUACGUGUAUUCGGCGUCCCCAGUGACCAUCAAACAGAUUGAGCAGUUUCAUGGUGUCGAGAUGGGUCAGGUGGACGUUGGCGAAGAUCAUGGCACGCUGGGAGCCUGCAGGGGAGGCACCAUGGGUGAUGCUGGGCUGGAAGCGCUGCAACCUCAGAUAGUGCCCGAACAGCUGACUUGGCAGUUGAGUGGCCUUUGCCAGGCAGUGCUCUACGUGCUAAAGGCAAAACCACAUGCGUUGGCAUUUGGUGGACCGCCUUGUUCCAGCUUUGUUUGGCUAAACGUUGCAACUUCCAAGCGGAGCCAAUCCAGACCAUUAGGGGAUGUGGCACGGGAGUACAUAAGGCUGACAUGCCGCUGGGCACUUUUGCUGUUACUUUGUGCUGUGCGGCAAGUCCUCACAGUGACAGAGCAGCCUCAAUCUUCAUUGAUGAAAUUCUUCCCCUACCUGAAGUUUGUCGUUAGGGCUCUCAAGAAAAUGAAAGUGAAAUGGCUGGAACUCAACUCUGCCCAUGCUGAAACUCCAGUUUUGGAUGAUGCGGCUUGGGCCCUCAGUAAAGUCAAGAGCAGUGGGUGUCAGUGGAUCGUGGCUCUGAAAGCCCCAUACAGCUGGAAGCACGCUGACUUGGAAAGCAUCAAGGUCUUUUUGAAAGCCGAGGUGGCCAGGGGUGGAAAGCUUUCACGUAAGGCUUCAAAAGCUGGGUUCCAUGUGGAUGCCCACGAUCUGAUUACCCCAAAGAGGAAACUGAGCUUUACAGGAGAGGAUCAAGAGAAGAACUCAGAACCGAAGACAGCACAGCCAAACAAGACACGUGUAAACCUCCAGAAGUUCCGCAAAGAUGGGCCUCAAGAACCUUGCCAUGAGCUGAUGUCCAACAUCACGAGUGCUGACUGGGAAACUGGCGAGGACAGCCCUGAGGAGGACAACAGAGAGCCAAGACUUGUGAGGAGGUCUAGUAAGGGACCUGAAGAAAAAAGGGCAGCCGUGGUAAUGGACACCAAGAAUGCCAAACUCCAGCGAGCACACAGGCUACCCUCCACUUCAGACACCGACCGAGAUUGGAAAGAAAUGAUGCACAACUUCAAGAAUGGACUUGAGGACCAGGUUGAACAUGAUGAGCAAGGAGACCAGGAGGCUGAAGAGCCAACUUUGGAGUAUGAAGACAAAGGCAAAACUAAUGCAUGUGACAAGGGUGGACAGGGCAAUCAGACCACGAAGGAAACGCAUCAGGAACCAAAGGCUAAGAACAAGGUGAAGCAACCAACCAUGCCUGCCACUGAACAGCCUGAUGAUGAAUCUGAAGAGGGUGAAGUUGGAAAGUAUUCAGCUUCGAGCAACGGCCCAAAGGAAACGACUCCCAAAGAAGCAGGACCAAAGAAAAGAAAGAAGGCUGAUGAGAAAGCGGAGGAACAGAAAAGAAAGAAGGCUGCCCCAAAAAAACAGGAUGCAACAGUGCCGGAAGAGGUGGAGGAAAAUAAAGUAACGAGGAAGAGAGCAAAGGAAUGCGCAGAUCCUGAGCCAGCCCCUGAGGAGUCAAAGAAACCGAAGAAGAAGGCUGCUCAACAAGUUGAGCCAACGACCGUCGAGCAGAAGAAGCCAAAGAAGAAUGCUGCAGGAGGAGAUGAAGAUUAUGAAGAGCCAAAGACUGUGGAGCCGAAGAAGCCAAAGACUGUGGAGCCGAAGAAGCCAAAGAAGAAGGCUGCAGAACGAGAUGAAGAUUAUGAAGAGCCAGAGACUGUGGAGCCGAAGAAGCCAAAGAAGAGGGCUGCACAACCGAAGGAAAAAAAUGAAGAGCCAAAGGUGGAGCCAACGAAGAAGAAGAAUAAUGCUGAGCCAAAGGCUGCAAAGAAGGCAGCAAAGAAGACGACUGAAAAUAAUGAUGAAGCUGGUGAGAGCCAGAAAGAUCAGCCGGAGGAGAAGAUGGUGGAUGAAACCGAGAAAGGUGAGAGUGAGGCAACACCACCAAAGUCUGUUGGGGAGAUCUUGCGUGCAAACACUGCAGACCUCACCGAUCAGCAAGAAGGGCAGAAAGAUGAUGACCAAGAGAAGAAAAGAAAAGAAAAAGAAAAGCACGAGAAGCUCAAGAUCUACAAAGCCAGGAAAGGCCCAAAAGCUUCUGAAGCUCUGAAGAAGGCCAUCGCAGAUGCCAAGUCCAGCUCCAAUCGAGCAGCGGCCAUGCAAGAGAUCUACGAGAAGUGGUUGUCAUGUAAUGAGAACUGGAAGACUAGCUCCUGGGUGCUGUCGCUGCAGACAACAUCUACUGACGUGCGCAAAGGAGCACGAAGGUGGAUGACACGCGCGCAAAUAGCUUCCAAGUACGAUGACCCCACAAUAGCAGACGAGAUCAUACAAGCCAAGAUGGACCUCAUGCUUUUCCUAGUGUGGGACGAAGAAAGUGAAGAACAUUUGGAUUCCACGAUCCUGUCCAACUCCCAUCAAACAGUUGAUGGAGGGAAGCAUGGCAAGUCAGAGAGUUCCGACAGCUCCGGUUCUGAGGAAAAGAAGAAGGGCAAAAAUGCCAAGAAAGAUACGAAGAAAGAAACUGAGGCGGAGAAGAAGAAACGUGAAGCAAGAGAAGCCGAGGCACAAAAGAAAAAGGAUGAGCGAGAGAAGAGAGCACAGGAGAAGAAGGAAGAGCGAGAGAAGCAGGGGGGUGCCAGGAAGGUGCUGGGGCAGCUCACCGGCAGAAUCCGUGACAUAGUGGACAAGGAAAAGAGCGCAAAAAACAAGUUGUCUGCGGAUCUCGCCAGUGCUUUGGGGAAGAAUCUUGGCACUGAGCGUGAGAAGCUGCAGAACAUCCGUGACAAAUUACAAUCCAGCCUGGACAAUUUCGAGGAGACCAAAACAGAGAAGUUGAGAAAGAAAGGUCAGGAUGCUUUGGAUGCCUAUGCGGAGUUCCUGAAAUCUGCUACCAGUGCUGCCAAUGCAAUGAAGAGUGCCAGAGCCCAUGUGGAGGAACCCAGCUGGAUCACCGUACCAAUCAAGAAUCCUAAAGCUGCACGGGGGUUUGACAUGCGCAAGAUUCAAAUGUUAGAUCCUCACAAGUUAAUGCACGCGCUGUUCACUGUGGUCGGCAUGGAUGUCCCUCAUGAGCGGGUUAGCAUGCUGUACUAUUGCUUGGAUGAGAGCCCAAGUUGGAAGUUCUACAAUUUGACAGAAUUUUUGGCGGACCAAAUGAUGGCCCUUUGCUCUGCGAACUACUUUGGUGAUGCUCCAGAUCUUCAAGGUCAAUUUGAUUUGGCCUACGAAUCCUUCAAGAGAUUUUGCAAGUCGGAAAAGAUUCAGAACUCUCAGACGCAUGCUGCGCGCUUCUUGGGGCUCAGUGAACGGUGCAAGAGGGUUCUCACUCAAGAACAAGGGGAUACUUUAUAUGAUACUGGCUACAAGUUCUGCAGAAGGUAUAUCACCCUCUCCAAGGAUGCUACCAG